AUGGCGCAACCAAUGUCUCUCCGGGACCGACAGGUCGCAUCAAUCCAAAAGCUAUUGAACUUGAAUCAUGAUCCACAACCUGCCGAAGAUAAUGCCAUUGACCAGUCCGGGUCCGGCGGUCUUAUCUCGCACUCCACUCCGAUCUUGAAUGAAGAUGGUGACCCGAUCUGGAAGGUCCUGGUCUUCGAUAAAAUGGGCCGGGAUGUCAUUAGCAGUGUGCUGAGGGUCAACGAUCUUCGAGCAUGGGGCAUAACCAUUCAUCUAAACCUCAAUUCACAAAGAUACCCUAUUCCAGAUGUCCCGGUUGUUUAUCUCGUGGAACCGACUCCCGAUAAUAUUCAAGCAAUCACUCGCGACCUUUCCCGUGGGCUCUACUCCCCAGCCCAUGUGAAUUUCCUAUCUUCCGUCCCUCGGCCACUCCUUGAGGAUUUCGCUUCUCAAAUAGUAACAUCAGGUGCAUCCGAACAUGUUGCACAGGUUUUCGAUCAAUAUCUCAACUUUGUUGUGGCAGAGCCCGACCUGUUCAGCUUGGGGCUUGGAAACGAUGCAUACUACAAGAUCAACAGCCCAAAGACGACUGAUGAAGAUUUAGAUGCGAUUGUUGACAAAGUUGUGAGCGGGCUAUUCAGUGUGAGCGUAACAAUGGGUACUAUUCCAAUUAUACGGUGCCCCAAAGGUGGUGCGGCAGAGUUGAUAGCAACAAAGCUAGACCGCAAACUGCGAGAUCACAUCCUCAAUUCCAAAGACAAUCUCUUUUCAGGCAAUCAAGGCGCUCUGCCGGGAGUGCCGUCUGCGCGGCCGGUGCUGAUCAUUAUGGAUCGAAAUGUCGAUCUAGUCCCAAUGCUCUCCCACUCGUGGACGUACCAAUCUCUAGUCCAGGAUGUUCUUGAGAUGCGCUUAAACCGAAUCACUUUAGAUGCCGGUGCAGGUGAUGCAGAUUCGGCGAAGAGCUCUAAAAAAACAUACGACUUGAACAGUACCGACUUCUUCUGGCAACGCAAUGCCGGUGCCCCGUUCCCCCAAGUGGCGGAGGAUAUCGAUGCUGAGCUUACACGGUACAAGGAGGAUGCAAAUGAAAUUACCAAGAAGACGGGUGCCUCCUCGAUCGAAGAUCUUCAGAAUGAUACCAGCGCGUCCGCGCAACACCUCAAAGCCGCUAUCACGCUCCUCCCUGAGCUGCGAGAACGCAAGGCAGUUCUUGACAUGCACAUGAACAUCGCGACCGCACUGCUCAAGGGGAUCAAGGAUCGGCAGUUGGAUAAUUUCUUCGAGCUAGAGGAGACCAUCACCAAACAAUCAAAAUCACAGAUCUUGGAAUUAAUCAAUGAUCCUUCUAAAGGAAAUGAACCAUUAGACAAGCUGCGCUUGUUUGUGAUCUGGUUCCUCAGCACUGAAAUUGAACUUAGCCGGACAGAGAUGACUCAAUUCGAAGAGGCCUUGGCCCAAGCCGGCGUCCCCGAUAUUUCCCCUCUUGCCUACGUUCGCCAGGUGCGCGAAAUCACUCGUAUGACCAUGAUGACCACAGCCGCUCCAGAGCAACAAUCCUCUGAUAUAUUCCGCGGCUUCUCCUCACUUUCGAAUCGCCUGACGGAUCGCAUUACUUCGGGUGCCCUUGGUGCCAAUUUCGACUCGCUUAUCUCAGGCGUGAAGAACUUCCUACCAACGAAUAAGGAUCUUACUGUGACCAAGAUCACGGAGUCAAUCAUGGACCCGACUGCGGCUUCAAGCUCUGCUAUUGCAAAGACUGAGAAUUACCUAUACUUCGACCCGAGAAGUGCCAAUGCACGUGGCGCCAUGCCCCCGGCGUCCGCAUCGCGGAAUCCACAGGUGCCUGGUGGUAUGGGUAGCGUGGGCCCUGGCACUGGUGCCAGCUUCGGACAACGUCGCCAGGCCUUCAGCGAGGCCAUUGUCUUUACAGUUGGCGGUGGAAGCAUGGAUGAGUAUGGCAACUUACAGGAAUGGGUUCGCCGAACAAACGGCCAGCAGGGUGCUGAAGGCGCGCCAGCUCAACGCGCUGCACCUGGACAGCGCCGACGAGUUGUCUAUGGAAGCACAGACUUGAUGAACGCCACUGAGUUCCUGUCGGACUCAUUGACGCCUCUCGGUCGGGAUAGCUAA